AUGCCUGACACCUCAGGCUACGGCUACGACAUACGCGAUGACGACACCUUGGUAGGCGACGAUAACAGCUCAGUCAGUUCUCUUGGUUCCGCGAGCACUUUGGUCUCUGAAGGCGCGAACCCAGGUCGCCGCCUCCCCAACAUCCGUCCCCAUAUAGACCAUCGUGUAGAUGUUGUCAUCAUUGGCAGCGGCAUAACAGCCGUGGGAGUGGCCUUGUCCAUCCUCCCACUCAUGGCCUCACGGGGGAUGGCUCCUAACGUUUUCGUCCUCGAAGCAAUGGGCCUCUGCCACGAGGGGGCGACUCAACAUGACGCGCUUAUGAGUUUUUUACCGUGCCGAGUAUUCCGCCCUGACGGCGGGCUGUUGCCAGAGAAGGUUUUGGAUUUCCAGGUGAAGAAUGCAGAAGCAGUGAAGGAGCUGGAGUCAAAGUACUUGGAUGCUGGCGCGAGGGAGUUCGAAAUGGAGGAGCUCUACGAUAACGAUGAAGACUUGGAGUUUGGCAAGAGGACCCAGAGGCCUCUGGACGAACUUUAUCCGCAGUAUGGAGCAACUAUUUUGGAAGGGGAUGAGGUACCCCAUUAUGGACCUUUACGGGCGCGUGGUGCUAGAACCCACACGGCAAGAUUGAUUCGGCUGCAUAAGCUCGUCACGAGUAUAUGGGCGGAUUUGCGCACGCAAUAUGCCAACCUUUGCAUCAGCACGAACACUUGUGUCCGACAUAUUACACUCACCACAGGCUCGUCUCACCCCUACAUCGUCACAUCCUCCUGGGGAAGUAUUCGAGCUCGACACGUCGUCCACGCUACCGCCAGCUCCGCCCCACGCCUCUUGCCGGAAAUAGGCCUAACGGCUGGUUGGAAGCACAGGCUUUUGCUAAGACCAGGCGCUAGAUUCCCAAAACGCGAGGGGAAGCACAUCUGGGCUCUCCAUCUCGAAAGUCACCCCUUUACCGUGAUCCGACUGCCUGGUGGGAAUGACGAAAUCGACGAGUUGCUGAUUGACUGGGAAUGGGUCAGCGGGAGGGAUCACGGGGAUAUGCUAAGCACGGUGGAUCAGAUCUAUUCCUAUAUGGAGAGUGUGUUUGGACCGGAAUGGAAAGACGCGGAGAUAAUGCCGCAGAACCGGUCGAGUACUAUAGGGAUAACGGGUGAUUCUUUGCCCUUUGUGGGAAGGAUUCCUCAGGAUUAUACCAACAGGGGGGUCUCGAGCAGUGAGCAGGCUGCUGUUGAGGCUCCCUUUUCUGAUGAUGGUGGCUUGGCUACGCCCGGAGAAUGGAUUUCGGCGGGUUACAACGGUCAGGAUACGGCAUUUGCGUUGCUCUCUGGCUACGCCGUGGGAAUACAGAUUGCUGGUAUGGAGAACGAGGAAUUGGAAAUGGUGCCUGGGAGACCCGGCGGAAGGUUGAAUGACUGGUUUCCAAAGGAGGAAUUGAGUUUGGACGACGACAGGAUGAUGAGGGCGAAUUUGGGACCCCUAGGCUGA